AGGCCAUCCUUCCUGAACUGCAGGGGGUGUGGCAUGUAUUAAAAUUAAACAUCAAUGAAGCUUAUAAAAUAACUUGGGAGAAGUCAGCCACAGAGACCAGACCAGCAUCUCAAAUUGGAUGACUCUGCAUGUGGAAACUGCCUUCAUCUUGAUAAAAAGCUCCAGGUUCCACCUCCAUCCACCCAACUCAAGAUGGUGACGGUGUUGUUGCUGCUUUCUACCCUGGCCGGCCUCUUCCAGGCGGCAGAGGGACAAGCGUUCCACCUUGGGAAAUGCCCAAAUCCGCCAGUGCAGGCGAAUUUUGACGUGAAUAAGUAUCUUGGGACAUGGUAUGAAAUUGAGAAGAUCCCAGCGAGCUUUGAGAAGGGAAGCUGCAUCCAAGCCAACUACUCACUAAUGGAAAACGGAAACAUCAAAGUGAUAAACCAGGAGUUGAGAUCUGAUGGAAGCGUGAAUCAAAUUGAGGGUGAGGCCACCCAGGCCGACAUCACAGAACCUGCCAAGCUGGGAGUCAAGUUUUUCUGGUUGAUGCCAUCCGCACCAUAUUGGGUUCUGGCCACCGACUAUGAGAACUAUGCGCUCGUUUACUCCUGUACUACGUUUGUCUGGCUUUUUCACCUGGAUUACAUUUGGAUCUUGGGAAGACAGCGUUUUCUCCCUCCAGAAACAGUGACUAAUCUAAAAGAUAUCCUGACUUCUAACAACAUUGACAUUGAGAAAAUGACUAUCACAGAUCAGGUGAACUGCCCUGAGUUCCUGUAACGGGACUCUAAAAGAAGGCUGCAUCCACUGCAUAUUGCUUCUUUUGCUUUGCUUUCCCCCCACCCCACCCCAUUCCUCAUGAAAAUACUUCAGGUACCAGAAGGGAAAUCUGACAGCAGAAUCUCAAAGAAAGUUGGCCCAAACACUUAGCCAUGCACCACUUUGUUAUCUCACUAGCCUAAUAAUAAACAUGUUCCUGACCUGCUGUGCUCAUGGUA